AUCAACUCUCACAUACACUUAUCAUCCACAACAUAGUAGUCUAAAGCUUUUGCGCUUGAAAAUCGAAAAGCAAAGCUCGGCCCAAUAUAUGCCAUGGCUGAUCCGUGGAACACAAUCACUGCGAGGCUUGCUGAUCGAGACAAAGUCGAAAAACGCGACUCUGAAUACUAUCAAGCCUUUGCCCAAUUAUCGAAAAUAGUAGCACUAUCAGGGAAUGCCAGUACAGAUAGACUCGUGAAAGAGAAUGCUCACCUUUGGGAAGAAAAUGAAUCGCUCACAGCAAGGUUGAAUCUGCAAACCCUACGCUUGGAAACUGCGGACACACACGCAAAAGAUUUAGCAAAUGCUAUCAAGGCUCGAGAUGCACAGUCAGCAAAAUUAGAGAAGAA